CCCGGGAGCGCCAGCCCCGAGGCACGCAGCCCGGGGCGCGCACCAACGCAACCGCCGCCGCACGCGCAAGUGCAAGCCCUGAGGCGUGCACCCGGCGCCGCGCGCCCAAGGGCACGCACCCGUGCAAUGCCUGCCGCGGGUGGACGGGGGUGUGGGUGGGCACCGGAGUGGGCGCGCAGGUCCACUGCCGGGCCCCUCGCGCCCCUCCCCGCCUCCGGCGAGGCGGCCGCGCUUCCUCCCUCGCGCCCGCGGCGGCUGCAGGGAUUGGCUGCGGGCGGCCCGGCCCCGCCGCCGCCGCGGGUGAAAGGGCGGCCGGGCAGCUGCGGCGGCGGCCGCGACGGGUAGACAUGAUGGCGGCGGCAGCGGCGCUGCUGGUGCUGCGCUGGGGGACGGCGGGCAGCCGCGGGGGGCUCCGGGCGCUGCCGGGGUGUGAAAAGCUGGGUUCAAGAUGGUGCCUUAUAACAUCACAUAAACUGUAUUCAUCUGUGUGUGAUCCAAAUGAAAAGACUUUUGAAAAACUCCUUAUUGCCAACAGAGGAGAGAUUGCAUGCCGAGUCAUCAAAACGUGUAAGAAGAUGGGGAUUAAAACAGUUGCCAUACACAGUGAUGUUGAUGCCAAUGCUGUUCAUGUGAAAAUGGCGGAUGAAGCUGUCUGUGUUGGCCCAGCUCCCACCAGCAAAAGCUACCUCAACAUGGAUGCCAUCAUGGAAGUCAUUAAGAAAACCAGGGCCCAAGCUGUACACCCAGGAUAUGGAUUUCUUUCAGAAAAUAAAGAAUUUGCUAGACGUUUGGCAUCAGAAGGUGUCACCUUCAUUGGACCCGACACACAUGCUAUUCAAGCUAUGGGAGACAAGAUUGAAAGCAAAUUGUUAGCCAAGAAUGCAAAGGUCAACACGAUCCCUGGCUUUGAUGGAGUAGUGAAGGAUGCAGAUGAAGCUGUCAGAAUUGCAAGGGAAAUUGGCUACCCUGUCAUGAUCAAGGCCUCAGCAGGUGGUGGUGGGAAAGGCAUGAGAAUCGCUUGGGAUGAUGAAGAGACCAGGGAAGGCUUUAGGUUUUCAUCUCAAGAAGCUGCUUCGAGUUUUGGUGAUGAUCGCUUACUGAUAGAGAAGUUCAUUGAUAAUCCUCGUCACAUAGAAAUCCAGGUUUUGGCAGAUAAACAUGGUAAUGCCUUGUGGUUGAAUGAGAGAGAGUGCUCCAUUCAAAGGAGAAACCAGAAAGUCGUGGAGGAAGCACCGAGCACUUUUCUAGACCCUGAAACUCGAAGAGCAAUGGGAGAGCAAGCAGUAGCUCUUGCCAAAGCAGUAAAAUAUUCCUCUGCUGGAACAGUAGAAUUCCUUGUGGACUCCAGUAAGAAUUUCUACUUCUUGGAAAUGAAUACUAGGCUUCAGGUUGAACAUCCCGUCACAGAAUGCAUUACCGGUCUGGACUUAGUCCAAGAAAUGAUCCGUGUUGCUAAGGGUUACCCUCUCAGGCACAAACAGGCUGAUAUUCCCAUCAACGGCUGGGCGGUUGAAUGUCGAGUUUAUGCUGAGGACCCCUACAAAUCUUUUGGCCUGCCAUCCAUUGGUAAACUGUCUCAGUAUCAGGAACCAUUGCACGUGCCAAGUGUCCGUGUUGACAGUGGCAUACAACAAGGAAGUGAUAUUAGCAUUUAUUAUGAUCCUAUGAUCUCAAAACUGAUUACCUAUGGCUCUAAUAGAGCUGAAGCACUGAAAAGAAUGGAAGAAGCUUUGGACAAUUACGUAAUUCGAGGUGUGGCUCACAAUAUUUCUUUACUGCGAGAAGUUAUCAUCCAUCCACGCUUUGUUAAAGGAGACAUCAGCACUAAAUUCCUUCCUGAAGUCUAUCCUGAUGGUUUUAAAGGACACAAGUUGACAGAUCUUGAAAGAAGAGAACUACUGGCAACAGCGGCGUCUUUGUAUGUGGCUGAACAACUGAGAUCACAGCGAUUUCUAGGGACUCAGAGAAUUCCUAUUGCUAAAUCAAAGAGAAGUACCUGGGAGCUCUCUGUGCGUCUAGGAGAUGGAAUUUACCCAGUUGCAGUUUCAAAGGAUGGCUCAUCAUUUUCUGUGGAAGUUGAUGGGAUGAAACUGAACGUGACCAGCGAGUGGAACCUGGCUUCACCCUUAUUGUCUGUCACCAUUGAUGGCACUCAGAGGACUAUACAGCGGCUUUCUCGGAAUGCCUCUGGAGAUACAAGCAUUCAGUUUCUAGGCACAGUGUACAAAUUACAAAUACUGACGAAGGUUGCUGCAGAGCUGAGCAAGUACAUGCCAGAGAAAGCAGCAGAGGACACCUCCAGCAUUUUGAGAUCUCCCAUGCCUGGAGCAGUGGUGGCAGUUUCUGUCAAGCCUGGGGACAUGGUUUCAGAAGGUCAAGAGAUUUGUGUAAUUGAAGCAAUGAAAAUGCAGAACAGUAUGAUUGCUGCUAAAACAGGCAAGGUGAAAGCUGUGCACUGCAAAGCUGGUGAUACUGUUGGAGAAGGAGAUCUGCUGGUGGAACUGGAAUGAAAGGUUGCCUCCACACCCUUGACUUAGCUAAGCCUUUAUUAUUUCCAUCCAUAAAGUAAAAUUAAGGCAAUUCAACACAGAAGAUGGACAGUCCUAUGUGCAAGAUUUUAUACAGUCAUAUUUAUUGUAUCAGUGGUUAAGACAGCAAACACAGAUGUUAAAUCUUGGCAACAGAUCCCAGAUUUUUACUUCCAGAAAUACUUGUACAUAACCUUUGUAAUUCUUUGAUUUUUCAGGAUCAAAUAAAAUCAAUAAAAUAGCAUUUCAGCUUUAAAACAGGAAAA